UUUAUUGAAUAUCAAAAUUCUCCCGAAAUAUAGAAACACAGAGAACCCAAAAACCAAAACCUAAUCAAGAGAGAAAUUCACAUGCUAAGGUUUAAUAAGCACGGCGAAGAAGACGUUGUAUUAGCAGUACCCUGUAUUCAAUUAUCCAUGUGCCAUUUCCUUCCUACAACAUUAGAGAGAGAAACUAGAGAGAGAAAGUAGAGAGAGGAUAAGUGGAUUAGGCUGGAAUUGGUGUGUGCAUACACACACAUGCACACAUAUAUAUGCAAUAGAAUUCCCGGAGUUCAUGUUUGAUCAAUCAUGUCCAAGUCAGUGAUGGUGAAGCGCAAGGAACGAAACCUCAAAAAGCUCUACAAUGUCACUGAGAUGAUUACGAGACCGGAGGCAUAUCACCCCAGUUUUGAGAGGGAAAUGUAGGAUGCAGGGGCCGAUAGACGAAGCUGAUUAUGAAAUCCAGUCAAAUACGGUAUCAUCUCAAGAAGAAAAAGGAUUCGGGUGUUUCAAGAGUGGGAAAUUUCACAAAUCUGGGACGUGUAACGUGUGCUCCACUCCUUGUUCAUCUUGUUUGCAUAUUAACCAAACUCUCAUGGGGUCAAAGGCUGAUGAAUUUUAUGAUGAAACUUACCGAGGAAGUGCUUUUAGCCAGUAUUCUGUUAAUGACGUUGCACCCCCUCCUAAGAGCAGUGCAUUUGACUGUGGACAGCAUACUGCCAGUGAAGCAAGUAACUUAUUCAUUGUUAACUCGUGCCAUGAUUCAUUUUCUGAAAAUGCAGAAAGUAAAGCAAGCUUGAGGACUUCUGAUGUAUCUAAUGCAUCCGAAGAUGUUGAGAUGUCUUCAAAAUUGUCAUCUGGGGAAAGUGCUGUGGAUGAUCAGCUCCUUUUAAAACCACAAUGCUCUUCUGAUCAGAGAGAUUGUACUAACAAGUUUGGGGACCCAAAAGGUUCGGAAGGUUACAAUGGCACCAUUUUGUCUGUUAGUGGAGCUAAUGAUGCAAAAAUAUUGGCCGGUUACAAUAAUGGGAAUGUAGAAAGAGAAUAUGUACCUCACAGUUUGGCUUCAACUAGCAUUUUAGUUUCCGAAGGAUUUGUAAAGACAGUUCAAACUGAUAUAGGCUGUUUGAAUAUGAAUUGUGAUGUUGAAGGGAGCCACAGCUUGAGGAGGUGCGGCAAAUAUAGUGAAAAAUGUAUUGGGAAGGUGCCUCCUACUGUUAUAUCAACUGAGUUAUCUUCCCCCAAGGUAGAUGUGAUGGGGAUUUCUCCCUCAACAGGCAUGGAUGAUGGCGCUAGCUCAGCAAAGGUACAGAAUACAUGUUCUCAUCCCCCCAGUGACCAAACUCUUUCCUAUGACCCAAAGGUGAAGAACUUGGAAGAUAAUCCAAGGUUUCAUCUUGAGGGGGAAUUGCCUGAAUUGACAAAAGAUGAAGCAUCUGAUAUUGUUUUUGUGCAUAAAUCUGCUUCAUACAAAUGUGGUGAUACUCAGAAUAGUAAAGUCAGUCUUAUUGCACAAAAUUCUGAGGCUUCAGGGGUAGUUUCUUUAAAUUUAGAAUCAGAAACAGGCAAUGCUGAGAGCGAACUGCCUGCUGAAGCUUUGAAUUCUUCUGAACGAAUGGAGGAGGAUGAGAAUGUCAAGGAGUACCUUGUGUCAUCUGAUGGGCAGGAAACUUCUUUGCAAUCCCAGCCCAUGGAUGAGAGUGAUGAGUCUGAUAUUGCGUCGCUGGACGUUAAAGUAUGUGACAUUUGUGGCGAUGCAGGUCGGGAGGAUUUACUUGCUGUAUGUAGUACGUGUAGUGAUGGUGCGGAACACAUCUAUUGCAUGCGGGAUACACUGGAUAAAGUACCAGAAGGUGAUUGGCUGUGUGAAGAAUGCAAGUUUGAUGAAAAAAUUGAAAACCAGAAGCAAGUUAAAUUUGUUAUAGUGGAUGGAAAUGAAAGAAAUCAAUCUUCUGGACAAGUAAUUACUGUUAAUGCCAAUCUCUUUAAGAAGUUGGAUACAAAAGAUUCUGAUGUUGAGGGAAAUAAAACUAUUGAGGAUAUCUCCAGUGCAAAAGCCUCUGUUAAAAGACAUGCGGACAACAUAGAAGUCGCUUCAGCAGCAAAAGUGGAUGGAAAUGAAAGAAAUCAAGUAAUUACUGUAAAUGCCAAUCUCUUUAAGAAGUUGGAUACAAAAGAUUCUGAUGUUGAGGGAAAUAAAACUAUUGAGGAUGUCUCCAGUGCAAAAGCCUCUGGUAAAAGACAUGCGGACAACAUAGAAGUUGCUUCAGCAGCAAAAAGGCAGUCUCUUGAACCAUUUGUAUUAUCACCAAAGAUGUCCAGUCCCAGCAGAAUUGCUGCACUUUCUCGUGAUUGUUCAUCCAAGAACUUAGAUAGGGAGAAAGUGAAAUUAGCCCAACAAUCCGCUUCUGGACCUCCCUCAGUUUUUGAUACUCCAGAAACUGCAUGCUCUCCUACUAUAGGUCCACUACUCCAAACACCUCGAGGAAUUUUUAUGAAGUCUAGUUCAUUCAGUUCCUCAAAUGCAAAACCAAAAGUUAAACUUGUGGAUGAGGUUGUUCUUCAAAAGCAGAAAUCAGCUAGAGAACAUGCUUCCCUUGAUAUGAAAAAGGGGAGCGCCAGAUUGAUGGGCAAAUCUAUCUCCUUCAAAUCUGCAAACUCAAGCCGUCCAAAUGCUUCUGAAUUAAAAGUCAAGAUGCUGUCCCCUAAAUUUUCUCAUGGUCAGGAUCUGAAAGGAUUAAAAAAAGGUAAAAACUGGAACUCAGUUGAAAGGAAGAGUUCAUUCAGAUCAGAACGACCAUUUGUUAAUUCAGCUACAGUCUCUACUACAAGAGUUGAUCAAAAACUUGCCUCUCAUGGUGAAACUUAUCCAGUGUCUUGUGGAAGCAACAAUCAUGAGUUGAAGACUUUGCAAUCUGACAGUAAAUUAACUACAUCAUCAAAAUUAACCAGUCACUUAGCUCGUCUAGAUUCAGAAAUGCCAGUUGCUUUAGGUGAAAUCAAGAGGCAGUCUUCAUGCUCACCCAGCAUUGGAGCUUCAUUGCCUAAUGAAUCUAGCAGUUCUUUGGAACAAAAGCCAAAUCAGAUCAGCCCUAAGGAUGAUCCCUCGUCAAGUAUUUCUUUUAAUGCUGAGAGACCAUUUUGUAAUGUUAAUAGAAGUCUACAAGAUGAGUUACCUUGCCCCCAGGAACCACUGAAUCUUGGUGAUAAAAUAAAGGAAAAUUCUCUUAGUUGGUUAAGGACUAUUAUGACUGGUGGAAGAAGUGUUGCAUGUCAGAAAUGUAAAGAAAUUGGUCAUUCUGCACAAUUUUGCACAGUUGACAGUCCUCGGCCACUUGCUGUUCAUACAUCUACUGCAAGAAAUUCAGGAGAGUUGAUGCAUGGAGGUAAUAAAUUGAAAGCUGCAAUUGAGGCGGCUUUGCUUAAAAAGCCUGGAAUAGGCAGAAAGAACAGAGAUCCUUACCAAUCUGAUGAUUUGUCCAUGUCAAGCACAAACUUCAAUUGUGAAAGAGCUUCUCAAAAUAAAUUAUCGAUCCCAGGUAACAUGAGAACUGCCGAUGAGAUACAGGAAGGGCAAGCAUUAUUAUGGAAUUCUACUGCUGACUCUUGUAAAAAGACUACAGUUAACAGCAUGAAGCAGUUCUCGGCGGUCCCUACUGAGGCUGUUAGUUCCAAAACAAGAGAUACUAGUGAUGGAAAGCCUUGCACAGUUGACUUGCCAUGUCAGGUUUCAGCGGUAAUUUCUAGUAUUUUGAAGAUGUCAGCAAUUCCGGAGCAUCAAUGUAUUUGGCAAGGGGGUUUUGAGGUUCACAAAAGUGGUAAACUGCCAGAGUUUUGUUAUGGAAUUCAAGCACAUUUAUCAACUUGUGCAUCACACAGGGUUCUUGAAGUGGUGAACAAGUUUCCCCACAAGGUUCUGUUGAAUGAAGUACCUCGCAUGAGUAUAUGGCCAAUACAAUUUCAGGAAAGAGGUGUUAAAGAAGAUAACAUUGGACUCUAUUUUUUUGCUAAAGAUAUGGAGAGCUAUGAGAAGAGCUAUAAGAUUUUACUGGAGAGCAUGGCGAAGUGUGAUCUAGCUCUCAAAGGAAACAUCAAUGACGUUGAACUUCUGAUAUUCCCAUCCAACAAUCUUCCUGACAAAUCCCAGCGUUGGAAUACAAUGUUCUUUCUAUGGGGUGUGUUCAGAGCAAAGAGGGUGAAUUGCUCGCAGCGUGUGCCUGGUUCUCCCAACAAGUUUUUUAUCCCAAGAGAUGUUCCAAGCGCUAUCAUGUCUUUGCCGGAUAACAUAUGUUCACUUGGGCCUAUAGAUAAGAAAUUUUCUGCACAUGAAAAAUCUUGUGAUGUAGCUCUAGCCUCCAAGGCUCCUGCCUCGAGAGAAUUAUCAUGCUUAUCAUCUGAAACAAAUGGGGAUUGUGUUAUCGAAGUAUCUUCCUUCAACCUGAAGGGUCAGUGUGCACAGGCAAAUGUGGGGCAGCAAGAUUGCAGACUUGAUUCUGCUUCCUUGUCUAGGAUUCAAACAAUCAGCGAAUUGUUGAGCCCAGGAAUGAACCACAGUAAUAUUUCACUGGAGAAACAUGUUGAUACUGAUUGUGAAUUGGAUAAUGAAUUUCAACUCUCUGUACAAGUUCCAAGAAUAUUUAGUGGCUCAAAUGAAAGACAGAUGAUGCUGAUGCAUUGGGAUGCACCACUUGAUAGGCCACAGAUUUUAUCAGAUUCUUUUAAGAAACUUGCAGUUGGUGCUCAAGAGGUUGGUGCCGUGGGAAGUGCUGGUAUGGAGAAAAUAAUACUUAGUAGAGUAAACAGUAGCAAAGAUCAAGUGAAAUAUGAGGAAGAAGACGGAUCUGUAGACACACAAGCUGCUCUGGAGAGAGUGAUACGAGACCCAACUUCGAAGGAGCUCAACUGUUGGCAGCUCAACCACAGGGGAUGUCUGCAAGUAGAUCCUACAGAGGCAGUCUGUCAACCUUCUGCCAGCAUUAGUCAAACAACUCCACUGAAUGAUGUAAAUAUUUUGUUGGUUGCAGAAAGUGCAAGCAAGAAACAGAAGACUGGUCUCAGUGGACUAUAUGACUAUAAUAGUUGUACAGAUAAAAGUUCUUCUGAAGAUGGUUUUGCAUCGGAGAUGCAUGGUGUGGGUACCAGUUUCCCAAUCAAGGAGGAUACUUUGGAGGAAACAGUGAUCCCCCAGGACUCAGGAAAUACUGAAAGGUACUUCUUUCCCGUAGAUCCACCUCCUAUGAAGGAUUUUGGCUUGGGUGACAGCCCCAUACCUUUCAAAGUCUUAUCUUCAAAAGAUGGGGAUCGAGUUUCUGAUGUGGCCCCAAAUCUCGAGCUUGCUUUAGGGGGUGAAAUGAUACCGUCCAAACAGGGAAUCCUGCAUUUUUUAAAAGUAGACAAUAAAGACCAGGCUCAGCCUCCAGAGAAUUUCGCAACCAAAGCAGAGGAUGAUGUCUCUGCUUCUCUUUCACUUUCUCUUUCAUUUUCACUUCCAGUUAAUGAACAGGCUUCGAAACCUGUUUUGGAGACACAGAAGCUUGUGCAAGAAAGGCGACAUGCUAAUACUUCACACUUCCUCUUUGGGGACUUCUCAGAUAAGUAGAUACAAGUUAAAGCACACACUGUACAUUUUAGUGCCCCACACGGGAUUGGUUGGUAUAUCCCGGAUCAUGUAUAAUGUUGAUCUUUAAGGGUUUUAGGGAAAAAUCCAACCCCCAUCCUGUUCAUAAACCACACCAUUUCCAUCAAUCAGUUUUCAUCAUUUAGUUCUUUGUUCCUUUGGUUUUUUCAUUGUAUAUAAAGAGAAUGAAAGCUGGAACAGUUUCAGAUGCCAUGGGAGAUUCCAGACCAAUGUGUUAGUCACUAAGAUUUCCUUUUUGUCCAUGCUUCUAAUUUUUCCUUAUUAAUGAUAGACAGAGCUCUAAGAUGGAGAUUGUUCGUCACCGGAAUAAGAUUGGUAAUACUAGGUGGUGAUUGAAAUUCCAAGAGGUGGUGGGCAGUGGGAUAGAACUGAGCUUUGCUGAUUGCUUCAAGUUGUAAGAUGACUUUGAGCUGAUUGCUCCUUUUGCUGUAAGUUAUGGUUUAAUGAGGGCCAUUUAAUUUAUAGCCCAGAUGAAGUAGUGCAUUGGUGUUCAAUUCCCUUUGGUUGCCGAAACAGAAAAGGAAUGUGGUGCUUCUGAAGAAGCUCUGUUUAAUUAUACAUACAAAUUUAGAAUCUAAGAUAGAUUGUAAUAUAUAUUGACGGGUAUAUAUAAUAUAUAAUAUAUUGUCAGAUAGAUUUAUUAACAGGCUAAAUUGACAUUGUCUCGUUUCUCUGUACUAUUUUCUUAAUAUUC